AUGCAUCUUGAAGUCGAACGUCUUUGCAAAUUGAAAGCUGACGGAACUUUUUUGUUUAGGGAUGUGUCAUUAUCUUUGAAAGAUAAAGAAAUCCUGUCUAUUUCUGGGCCAAGUGGUUCCGGGUCUCCAGAGGAUUACGGAAUUCCCAAUUGGAGAACCCGUGUUAUGUAUGUUCCGCAAAGGGCUCCCAUAAUGCCGGGUAGUCCAAUGGAAUUCUAUCAGAAAAUGCUAUCGUUUAAACAUCAGAGAUCGAGAAAUUGCCACGUCGAUCCUAUUGAAAUUUCCCAACAGGACGAAUCAUGGGACAAGGAAUGGAAUCAGUUGUCAGGAGGAGAGAUUCAGCGUAUUUCGUUAGCAAUUGCUUUAUCUUGUAAACCCGAUGCGUUACUUCUCGAUGAACCAACAUCUGCUCUUGACCCCGACACGUGUCUUUUAGUUGAAGAGUCGCUUAAAGAAUACGCGUGUAUUCUGGUGACCCAUAAUCCAGAACAAGAAAGACGUAUCGCGACAAAUUCAUUCAUGUUGAGACAUCAUAUAGAUACUGAAGAUAAUGCAGAUGUAUCGAUAGACAAUUGA